UAUCAAACCAGAGCAUCUAACGUGUUUUUAAUCUUACGUUUAUGUAAAAAAAAAUAAACAACACACAUUCACACAAAAUAAACAUAGUAACGCGUUUUGUACAACACGUGAAUCGUUUUUAUGCUGCUGGUGACAGGCAGAGUAAAACGUCAACUCCCAUGAACAAUUGCGAGAUACAACCCGGAAGUAAAUGGCGUGGUCCUUUGGCGUCUUGCGAGAUCGACGUCAGUCAGUGUUGUGUAUGUGAAAACUAGAUACGAGUCGAGACUCAAGUGAGCCACUGUGCAAAUCAAGGUGAUGGAGCGUGUCACUGGUGGAGGAACGCUGCUGGCACUGCUUCUCGCAAGCGUGGGGUUUUUAGUUCUCUAUCGCAUACUGGGCCGACUUCGAGCUGGAGCUGCUCUACAGGAUGCAGUGGUGGUCAUCACGGGCGCCACCUCUGGAUUGGGCAAAGAAUGUGCACACGUGUUCCACAGCGCAGGGGCUCGAUUGGUGUUAUGUGCUCGAGAUGCAAGUCGACUGCAGCAGGUGGUGAAGGAGCUGAAUGCAAGCGCAAGGGGCGGAAAGCCGCAGCAGAGGUACGUUCCCAGGACUGUUACCUUCGACCUGGCCGACACACAUUCGAUAGACAGAGCGGCCGAGGACAUCUUGAAGUGUUACGGACGAGUGGAUGUCCUCAUUAAUAAUGCCGGGAUCAGUUACCGUGGCAACAUACUGGAUACUCACAUAUCGGUUCAGAGGGAUGUCAUGGAAACAAAUUACUUCGGGCCAAUCGCUCUUACGCAAGCUCUCCUGCCAUCCAUGGUUCGACAGCGCAGCGGCCACAUUGUUGUCAUCAGCAGCGUUCAGGGCAAGAUAGCUAUUCCUUACAGAUCGGCCUAUGCAGCGUCCAAACACGCCACCCAGGCCUACUUUGAUUGUUUACGGGCUGAGGUAGAGCGUUACGGAAUUCCAGUGACUGUCAUUAGUCCAGGAUAUAUCAGGACAAAUCUGUCCGUCAAUGCUGUCAUGGGCGACGGCUCCAAAUAUGGCGUUGUGGACACGACCACAGCGACGGGUCGGGAUCCCAGGGAUGUGGCUCACGCAGUUCUGAAAGCUGUGCGUCACAAGAGCAAAGACGUUGUUUUGGCUGGACCUUUGCCCAUGGCGGCCAUUUAUCUCCGCACACUGUGGCCUGCCCUCUUCUUUAAAAUCACGUCGUCUCGCGCUCGUAAGGAACACAAACAGAAAAAUACUUGAGGCCACAAGGACAAAUAUGGACACGGGAUGUUGAUUGUCUGUGAAAUAAACCAGAAAACUUGUGAAUAAAUAAUGUUGGUUGUUUGUAUAAUUUUGGGAAGUAAAUAUUUAUCUUGUCACAUUUUCAACAUUAGUGUUUAAAAAGCUUCUGCUGAAAAUAAUCCUAAACAUGGUUUUUUUUUUGUAUGUGACCUUAUUUCUGAGCUCUACGUUUUAGGCACCUAAAAAAGAUGAGACACUUUUUUGGGGGGAAAGUUUGCAGCUCCAUUUUCAGUAAUUAGUUGCAGUUGCAUUCUUUGUUCAAGGUCACAAAUAUGGUGGUAGUCCCAAGUCCUAAACAACCCAUGUGUCUACUUCAUGCCAAAGUCUGUACCAAAGUUUCAAAUUGUCUUCCCUUUUAAUAACAUUAUUCCAAGCAUUUUUUUGUCAGUUCCCUUUUCAAAAUAAACAACAAUAGUUGA